AUGGCUGCAAACGACGACAUGUGUUACUUGUGCCCGUACGAGUGCUUGGUAAAAUACACAUCUUUAAAAGAUGAUAAAAUCGUGCAAGACACACUCGAUUCACCUAUGCCAUGGGUCGGUGCCUACAUUGCAGCAGCUUCAGCUGCAUGUUCUUUAGCUAUAGCAGCAGAUUUUCUCUAUGGUUUACGUACCAAAAAAUCAUGGUUCCCGUGUAAGUACUUCUCUCUCAAUGCUUUUACCUUGACUGUUUUGGGUGUGGCAAUGAAGAUUCCACUUGACAUGACUACUACAAUGCCUGGGAACUACGACAGACUCGCUCGUGUCAGCAGUUUGGUCCUGAUGCCGGCCGCCAUGUCCAAUUUCAUGACCUCUUUCGGAACCAUGGAGAAUAACGAGAUCGUUCUAAAUUUGGCUGCCCUCGGCAUCCUGGUGGUCACUGUCAUGGGGAAUGUCUUCAUCCGAUUCAUCCCAACUCAAAAUUUUUGGAGUAUGAAAGAAACUUGGGGAGAAGAAAUCGGGUGCACAAUUUGCAUGCUCUUUUUACUUGUGGUAUUAUCCUCGUCUGCUGUGAUGGUUCCGGCAGCCAAAAGAUACAUCGAGUGUCAGUACAAUCAGAGGCACAAAACGAUAUUUUCAAACCACAUUAUGAGGAGUUAUACGACGGGUCAACUGAGACUCGCGUUGACGAGGUGUUGGGUGAUGUCCGAAAGUGGGAGCCCUCAGUUUUUGGUUGCGCGUUCAGUAACGAGCGUUAGUGCUGGACUGAUAUGUUUAUUGAUGGGUCUAACUCUAUUACAAGCUCAUAUCAGGUACCCUCUAAUGUACACCGAGCGCCACAAAUUGGGUUCUAAAUAUAAGUGGUCCAUUGAUUGGAUUCUGUUUAUUCAAACCGUUGGAGUGGUGUUGGGUAUUAUUGCCCCUUUACUGAGAUGGUUCGAUGCCGUUCGACACAAGAAGAUGGCAAAGAUUGUGUUCAGAGAUGAACUCGAAGUCGAGGGCUAUUGGACUCAUACGCUGACGCAGUACAGAGAUAGCCCGUUGCCCUUGAAAACCAGGUUUCACCUCAAGUUCAGAAAAGCUCUUCAUAAUGCGAAAAGAUUGCUUUUGAAUCUCUGUAUCAGAAUUCAGAUCCUUGUUGUUCUCGGCAGUAAACUGCUUCUACUCGUGUCCGCUGUCUUUAUGCACGGCGUGAUCUUUUGCUUCAGCCACUGUCCCCAAGGAUCAUCAAGUGAAGAAGAACUUAAUGAUUUAAAUGAUUAUGUACUACAGCUCGAAGGUGAAGCAAGGCUGCACGAAACAACACUGAGAAGCAUAUGCAGCAAGGUGCAUAAGCUGAUCCAAACAGGCAAAGGAAAGCAAUAUAAGAACUUAAUCGAGCUGCUUGAGAAAUCUGUCAGCUUCAAUGGCGUGAGAGAAUUCGACAGUCGUCAAAGAGUUCAAAGCUUGAAUCCUCAAGAGCCACACAAUUGUUGGUCUCUCGCUGUCGUGACCCUGACAAGCAUUGCUAUUUCACUUCCAACCAUACCAACUGACGAGUCCGGUUCUUUACUAAGUGCUGUGACCGAAGGUCUUUACUUCGCGAAUCUCAUUGAGGAAGCUCUCGACUCGAAAAGAGCACUAACAAGCGUUAGACAUGCAGCUGACGUGGCAUGGGUUGGAGUUGAACUGUACCGGAAAUGGCACGAUGUAGAUCUUCAGAAAGCAGCAGGAGGAGGCUCGACCCACAAAGAGACGUUGCAAAAACUCUCUGGAGUCGCUCAAAAGAUGGUCACGAAUUUCACUGCCAACCCGAAUAAUAAUUUUCUAGUGCAGGACCCUCUCAACUGGCCAGUCAAGGUCAUAGCUGCCAACUCAAUGUACCGGGUAACUCAAACAAUCUUGUCCUAUCAUAAUGAAGAUAAUGAGGAGCUGUUGUUCGAGAGAUUGUCUGUCAUGAUUUCAGACAUUCUUUCAGCUUGUCUCGCUGCAAAUCUGGCUUGUGUCAUAAGAUUGAAGUGCUACACCAAUGAAAUCAGAAAAAGGGAGGAAAGCAUCCGCCAGGCAGCUCUGCUUUUAGGCGAAAGUGAAGAGAUUCUCCAGAUUCUCCAGAAGCGCGAGCUUCCAAGAUUGGAUCCCGAAAAAGCGGCUGACAUUGAAGAGUGGAGGAGUUUUAUGGAGCAAGAUAAUGAAAAUCCAGUGGAAUCUGUCGCUAAAAAAUUCUCGCAAACGAGUGGAGAGCAUGUGUCAAUCGAGCUGCAAGGCUAG